AUGGGUCAGCACUCCUCUACACCUAAGGAGGAAGACUAUAGAAAUUUGGAUUUCAACUUCACUGAAUAUUUUAGGAAGUAUAAGCCAGAAAUCAAAAUCAUUUCUGAGGAAACCAUCCAUUCAAUAGACUUAUGCAUUAGAAAGGGGGACCUUAAUGGGGCAAGAUCUAUAAUCAGUGAUGUAUUAAAAAUUAUUGAUAAUGCCCCAAUAAAUAUUGCUGUGACAGGAGAGUCUGGAGGAGGGAAGUCCAGCUUCAUCAAUGCCCUGAUAGGGAUUGGACCUGAAGACAAAGGUGCAGCUGAAGUUGGGGUAAUAGAGACAACUAUGAAGAGAACACCUUACAAACAUCCCAAAAUUAAAACUUUGACCUUUUGGGACCUGCCUGGUGUUGGAACUCAGAAAUUCCCACCAAAAGCUUACCUGGAGGAAGUGAAAUUUGAAGAAUAUAAUUUUUUCAUUAUUGUUUCUGCCACACGUUUUACAAAACUUGAACUAGACCUUGCCCAAGCAAUCGGAAUUAUGAAAAAGAAUUACUACCUUGUGAGAACCAAGGUGGACGUUGAUUUAGAAAAUGAAAAGAGAUUCAAACCACAUAUUUUUGAGAGAGAAAAGACCCUGAGUCAGAUCCGAAGCUACUCUGUGAAUACCUUUAGUGACAGUAAAAUGGCUGUACCGCAGAUUUUCUUGAUCUCUAACUAUGAUUUAUCUGACUAUGAUUUUCCAGUCCUGAUGGAUACCCUGAUUAAGGAUCUGCCUGUUCUAAAGCGCCACAAUUUUAUGCUUUCUCUGCCUGACAUUACAGAGGCAGCCAUUGACAGAAAGAACAAGGCUAUCCAGCAGUUUGCCUACCUAGAGGCCUUCAAGACUAUGUUUUUGGCAACCCAUCCUGAAGCAGGCAUCCCCAGGGAUAAUGAUGUGGAGAAGCUAAAGAAGAGUUUAAACCACUAUCGACAACUCUUUGGGAUAGAUGAUGAAUCUCUGGAGUUUAUGGCUAAGGAUUUCCAAGUUCCUGUAGGACAUCUAAAAGAAUACAUUAAGUCUCCAAAUUUGUUGAACACUAAGAGACAGGAAGUAUUACUAGAAGAGCUUUUGAAAAGUUUAGAGAAAUUUAAAUCAGCUUAUGGUUGGCUCACUGCAAUAAAACUUUACAUCUGGAAAACGUUUUAUUUACGACAACAUUUCGUCAACAUAGUGACUGAAGAUGCCAAAGUUCUUCUUCAAUGGACAAAUUCAAAAAAAUAAUUCAAACUCAACUUAUCCACAGCUUCUGACCCUGACAACAUCAAGUGGUCAAUACCAGGAAGUCACUAGGGAAAUCCCUCUCUGAUAUCU